GAAGAGCUCAGAGUUCAUCAAGCACAGGAGGAGUCAUGUCCAUGCAUGAAAGAGGAACAGACUAAAUUUGCUGUUGAUCAUGGAUGAUUAUGUCCGUAGCAAAUUAACUGAGUGGGGCCUCAGUGAAUAUAUCCAAAAAUUUGAAGAUGAAGGCGUUGAUAAGAAAAGUUUUAACUGCCUCAACGAACAAGACUUUGCUAACUUGAUACCAAGAGUGGGACCAAGGGCAGUGUUCAGGGAGAGUUUCAAGUUGUUGAAGGGAGAAGAAAACACAACAAACCAGGACAUAAUUGAAUCUCCUGCUCAGCUGCAACAGGAGCGUGAAGAAGUGGCUGAAUCAGAUCAGGUUUUUCUGCCCACCAGUGCCACAAAGGGUAAAGGAAAGAGGAAGCUGGAUCUUCAGGGCGAGUCCAGCAAAUUGCUUUCAACACCUAGUAAACGCAAACGUGACAGUGGAGGAGGAUCACAUACAGAAAAAAUACUGUCUAAUGUGAAAAAUAUCAUGAACGAUGUCAAACAGAGUCUACCUAAUCAAGACAACAACAAGCUCAUUGAGUUCCUGUCGACUGAAAUCAGUAAAUUGGAGGAAGACAAGAAAGAGCAGGUUGGCGUCUUUGGUAAAACUGGAGCCGGAAAGAGCACUUUGAUAAAUGCUGUCAUUGAAAAGAAAAUUCUGCAUUCUGGAAUCAUCAGUGCAUGUACCUCAGUCAUGAUUAAAGUGGAGGCCAACACGAAGAACAAAAAGUAUGAGGCGGACAUUGAGUUCAUCACAAAAGCGGAGUGGCAAUAUGAGUUGCCGCCCAGGCCUUGGGAUGAUGUGGAUGAAGACAUUGAUGAAAAGAUGUCAGCAGUGUAUGGGAAAGAAUGGAGAAACAUGUCUGACGAAAGCUUUAUGGAUGACAAGAAUUUCAAAGAAAUUCCAGAAUUUCUCCAAUCCAAGACGAAGAAUUUGACAUGUGGAUCGGCUGAAGAGCUGUCUGAAAAAUGUGCCAGAUACACAAGAACUGACUCAACAGUCAGAGAAAAAGGCAGAAAGAGAUGGUAUUGGCCGCUAGUAAAGUGUGUGACUGUCAGAGUGCCGAAUUAUGCUUUCCAGCAUGUCACACUUGUGGAUCUUCCUGGAACUGGGGACCGUAACGCGAGUAGAGAUAAAAUGUGGAAAGAGGUUGUUGGAAGUUGUUCUACUGUGUGGAUUGUGACUGAAAGUAUUCGAGCAGCAGCAGACAGAGAUGCCUGGGAGAUCUUAGAAAGUGCCAGCAGCCUCAUGGGAAAUGGUGGCGAGUGUCAGCAGAUUCACUUCAUCUGCACCAAGUCGGAUCUUAUUACGGAUUCCAGUAAUGAGUCAGCAGCUGAUGUUUGUGCUCGUGUCAAGGAAAAAGUGAUCCAAGCGUUCAGCAAACUACCCAAAGUUAAGAAACAUUUCAGCGAUGGCUGUUUCAAAGUGUUCACAGUGAGCUCUGAAGAGUUCCUGGAGAAAAAACAACUACAACCAGAUGAAACUGAAAUACCCGAACUUCAGGAAUUUCUGCAAAAUCUCAGUGACUGUCACUCAGAAACAUUUAACUAUGUUUCUGGAGCUUAUGAGAUUCUCUCUCUGAUUAAAGGGGCCAGAAGUAGAGAAGUGGCUGGCAAAAAAACCAAAGUGUGCUCAGAACUCAAUGAAAAUAUGAGGCGUGAACUCCAUAAAGUCCAAAAAUCCAUGGAUGACACUUACAGUGCUUUCAGAAAAUGCCUUAGCAAGGGAGUUGAAGACUCAAAGAAAAGAUGUCAAGAAAAGUUGACGUUCAAAUUAAACCCUAAAGGAGUAUCAGAUCAAGGUUUUCACAAGAUCUUAAAGUGUGUGGUUAGGAAUCAUGGCACCUACAAACCAAAAAAAUGGAAACAAAUCAACCUCAAUGAGACAUUGGCUUCAUGCCUGACUGACAGCAUUGAUGAGGAAUUCAGGAAGACCUUCCCAAAUGAAAGAAAUUGCGAGCCAUUCAACGGGGUCAUCAAUGCGUUUUCACUGGACACAAACAGCCUGAUUGAGAGGUUCACUGAUGUCAAACUCCAACUGAUAUUUCUCAAGACAGAGGAAAUGAAAAUGAAAACAAAACUCAACAAAGAAAUCCGUGAUCGUAAGAAAAAGAUCUACAACAGUCUGACAGAGGAAAUUGAGAAAAGCAUGAGAGAAUGCUAUAAAAUAGCAGCUGGCUCCGAAGGAGAGGACACACUGAAAAACAUGAGGGAGACUAUUAUGAAGCAUGUGCUUUCUUCAAAGCACAGCAUGUUUGAGCAGGCUAAGGAGGAAUUUUUGAGCCGCCUGAGAGACUUGAUGGAUGAAAUCCUGAAGAUACUGAGGGAAGCAAUGCAGAAAUCAAUUGAGCUGUCACUCGAGACAGAUGAUUACCCACUGCCAGAUUUUGACGAGGAACUUGCAGAAGUGGAAAAAUACUACAACGACUUGAAGAAAAGCCAAUAAGAAAAAACACCAAAGAUUUGUUUUGCUCAGUGGGGAGAAGCGGCAGAUGCCUGAGUACCAACUAAAGGUCCCUGCAGACCUGCUGCAUAGAGACAGGAGGCCUCUGAGAUUUGGCCUCAACCAUUUAUGUCAAGUUGUUAUCCCUGUUCCCUUUGAGGGUUGUAUGUUAAGUUUGCUUGUUAUGAAUUUCAUUUCGGAUUUUUUUAUUUAUUUUUUCCUGAAAAGGACAUUGUCGCUUUUUAAUUGACUGAAUCAGAGGCAGACAGAAAAUGUGUGUGUGUGUGUGUGUGUCGCAGCAAAGUUCACCCGUCAGAUUUAAACCAGGGACGUUGUGGUUUCAUUGUACUGGUCCUAACCACCACACCAUUAUGAUAGAGAGACAUUUUGUUUUUCAUUUUUUCUUGUUCUUGAGUCUAUUUUGUAUGUUAUUCAUUCAUGUUCUUAUUUUGAGUUCAGUAGUUAACUUUUUGUUGAGUUUAAUGGUUGAUUGGGAUCAAUGCACUGCAAUUUAAAUGAUUUUUUUAAUUCAUGGGUGUCAUUAAACCCUUGAACCUUGGUUACAAGCUAUAGGUUGGAUAUGACAUGAACAUCAGGCUUUUAAAACAAAUGAUCAUGAAUGACUCUUUUGUCUUAAUGCUAAAUAAUUGUUUCUGUGUGUUCAUAUAUGAGAAAUAGAGAGAAUUAGAUGAUAGUGAUUGUUUUGUUUUAAUCUACACUGAUUUUGAAAGGCAUAGAUGGACAGACAGGUGACAAAUGAAAACCACAAUGAAUGCAUGGAGAUACAUGACAAAUGCAGAAUCUUUCUGUCAGGACUCGAGGGGUCAUUGAUUGUUUUUAUGAGAAUGGAAAUGAUGUGAAUCAAUUGAACACCUGUAGGAGACAGUUCCAGACAUCCUUUAAAGUGUCACCAAUCUUUUUUAGAUUUUGUAUGCUGUUCAAUAAAGUUUUCUUCUGAGUAAAAAUGCCA